AUGGGUAAACUUAAUAAUAGUUUGCUAGUCAUCUCUAUUGUGAUCGUCUUAUUAUCAGUAUCUCAAACUAGAAAUGUACAUGGAGGGGUUUAUAGAGUGACGCACAGAUUUGGAGAUGAAGCUGUUGAGGAUCCCGAGAAUCGUAAUCAUAAUCAUCAUGGAAGACUUCUUGCUGCUAAUGAUUUUCCUUUCGAUAGUGAAAAAGGAGUUGUUAGUAAUAGGCUUUACUGUGAAGAGAUUCCGAUUGGAUCUUACCUUGAUCUCCAUAUGGAUGCUACUGAUGCUCUAUGGGUUAAACAUUGCUGCAAAAGUGAUCAUCCUUGUACUUCCAAGUACCUAAUUACAUUUAUCCUUCAUUGUAUCAGUUUCAAUGAUCAGAUAUCCGAAAAUCGUACAACAAUUGCUGCCACUUCAACGGGUAUAUUUCUGUAUGACCAUCGACAAACAGCAGUUUCUACCCCACCAUAUGAUCCACCAGUGCUUUCAAGUGUAGUUGUGUCUGGAAAAGUGACGAAGAAGAAAUUCUUUCACUGUUUAGAUGGUAGAAAUGGAAUUGGGAUCGUUGUUGUCGGGGAUGUAGUACAGCCAAAUCUUAAAACAACACCAUUGUUUUCAAAUCACUCUCGUUAUUAUGUGAAUAUGAGGGAAAUUGAAGUUGGUAAUGUUGUCCUCAUUUUCUCAAAUGAAGUAUUUCCUGUCCAAGAUGGGAAAAGAACAAUGAUGGACAGUGGUACCGCCAUGUCUUAUUUUCCCGAGGGGAUAUUCAAUGAGUUAUACAAAAUGGUUAUGUCUAGCCAGCUUAGCAGCGGCUUGGAAACACGAAUUGUUGAGGAGAACAACUAUACAUGUUUUUCGUUUAAUAAAAGCGUUGAUGAUUAUUUUCCUUAUAAUUACUUUUACUUUCGAGAAUUCAACUGUAUUGUAGUCCUACCCACAUGAAUAUCUCUUUCAGUUAGAGAACGAUUGGUGUGUCGGCUUUCACGAUAAUGAAUUCUAUUCCCCUGACAGGAAGGACAUGAUUGUUUUAGGAGAUCUAAUUUUGUCAAAUAGGGUGUUGUUAUAUGACCUCGAAAAGAAUUCUCUUGGACUCGCUGAGCAAAACUGUUCUUCUGCCAUUGUAGUCACGGAUGAACAAACUGGAGAUGCAUAUUUAGUGAAUGCCAAACACCAUGUCAUGUCUUCCACUUGGUCAUCUCUGAAUCCGGAAUGGGUGGCGAUAUUGUUCACGGUCGCAGCUUCCCUCUACUUGCUGGAUGCUCUUUUUACAAAUUAGUGCAUACAGACAUACUUGAAGUAAUGCCAUUAUUAUCUAUAGCUAGGACUAGGAGCAGCUAGCUGACUGAUCUUUAAUUAGGAAUGUCGUCAUUUAAAUAUCUGGGAGUCAAUUUACCAAAUAGUCGUUAUCUUACUGUCAGUAGCACCGUUUCCAGGCUGCUCGGUACUUGUCUUGCUUUACAAUUGAUUACAGAUCCGUUUAGUCUCAAACUCUGAAAGAGCCGGUGGACUCUAUUACGCUUGGCUGUGGCUGUGAUUCUUGCUAAUCUGUUGUACUAAGUUUUUUAUGGUGAUGGGGCCAUCUAUCUUUGAGUUUAAUUCUAGUAUAAGAUCGUUAAAGUGGUGGUGGUACCACUAACAUUUGAAAGUUAUGUGGCUGUGAUUUCUUUGAGUUAUAUCACUGUUCUUCUUCCCUAACUGCUGUUGAGUAACCAAGCAUCAUGUCAUCAAGAAAUCUGAGUCCCAUCACCUACUGUAUAUGCGUUUUGGAUUCAACCCAUUUUCAUUUUGAAGAGAAAUUCUGUAGACAAAGUGAAUUUGGUUAGGUAAAAGACAUUUGUGAAUUGGGUAAGAUUUCAAAUUUCAUCUCGUCCUACUCUCUUAUCGUUGAAGCCUGGAAUACACUGUCAAUAGACUCUUUGUCAUCGGCCGUGUGCUUUCCCUCUGCUUUAGAAUACCAUCCUCUGACGUGUUUUGCUAAUCCACACUGUGUUUUACAUUGGCCGUGAACUACUUGGAAACUGUUCAAGCUAACCAUAGAACAUGGAUUCUGCUAAGGGCCUAAGGAAAGAGGUGACAAGGUUUAGCAUUUUAACUCUUUUUGUUAUUGUUGUUAACUCUUUGAUUUCUGUUGGAAACUCAGGAAAUGGGAGUCUAUAAUGAUGAUAUACUGCAGUACUACUAGUAGUCUUGAAGAUGCUGGUGAUACAGCUGAGAUUCACAAGAAUCUUUUGGAAUAAUGGAUUUCAGAGGAGAAUACCCCGGAAAAGGUUGCUCGAAUACACUCCAUGGAUUUCUGACGGAAGAUCUGAAUUAUCUUGUAAGCAGUGACCCAGGUAGUAUAUAAAAUAUCGGUGAGGGAACAUUUGGAGAAGCCUUCAGGGAUGGUGAGAGUGCCUGCAAAAUAGUGCUGAUCGACAGUGAAUGGGUUUUUACAAAAGGUAUCAAGGCCAGUCAUUUAUAUUUCUCCAGGGUGUUUGUUUUAUAGUCGGGCUUUUCUAUCAAUGGAACAUUUAACAAUGGUUACUCUGAGUUCGACAGGUUCAUUUCUUAGCUGUCAAAACCUAAGUUUAUUCAUAUGCUUCUCAAUUCGAGGGCAUGUAUU